AUGUCUGGGGUCCAAAAUUACCCCAAUGCCUCCACGGAAAGCCUCAAGGCCCAGUAUGUUGGCCGUCGGCUCCAGGAUAUCGAUGGGCCGGCCGCCAUCAUAGACAUUGCUGCUGCUCGACAGAACUGCCAAGUUAUGCUUGACGCAGCUGAGGAGCUGGGCGUAAUCUUUCGUUCUCAUGUGAAGACACAUAAGACUACUGAGCUUACUCGCUUUCAAGUUGGUGAGAAAGCUGAUACCGUUCGACUAGUGGUUUCCACGCUGGCGGAGGCAGAACAAUUGCGGCCAUAUUUAGAAGAGUGCAAAGGCAAUGGAAGAUCCAUCGAUGUCAUCUACGGUCUACCUGUUCAACCUUCAAACUUCGUGCGCCUCGCUACCCUCGGCAGGGAUCUGGGGGAACUAUGCAUUACAGUACUGGUGGAUUCUUUGCAUAUUCUCCCGUUUCUCUCUCGUUAUCGAGAACUCACGGGGAAUUCACUAGGGGUAUUUUUCAAGUUGGAUACAGGCUACAACCGGGCUGGCCUUACGCCGGACUCUCCACAGUUUAAAGAGUUACUGGGUGCCAUACACAAAGUGGAGACAGAAAUGCCCGAAACUAUUUAUUUCCGCGGAUUUUAUAGCCAUAUGGGUCAGAGCUAUGGCUCAGAUACCACUUCAGAAGCGUUGGAUUACCUAGCGUUGGAAAUUGAGCGGUGCGAAAUUGCUGCCCUGCAGGCAUCAAACCUGUGGAAAGAUUCUAAGAGGCGCUUUAUCAUCACCGUAGGAGCCACCCCCACGACUACAUCUGCGCAGAACUUGACCGGCCUUGAAACUACUACCUCAACAGAGAAAAGAGUCAAGGAGCUGAUAAAAAGAGUCCGGCAAUCAUUCGACGUUGAGCUUCACGCAGGUGCAUAUGUUACUCUGGAUUUGCAACAGCUUGCUGCGCACGCACGCCCUGCGACCAACAAUCUCUCUUUCGACAAUUUAGCCUUGACCGUUCUUGCAGAAGUUGCUAGCCUAUAUCUCCACCGAGAGAGGCCAGAGGCUUUGAUUGCUUGUGGUUCACUCUGUAUGGGCCGUGAACCAUGCAGGAGUUAUUCAGGAUGGGGCGUCAUAACCCCUUGGCUUCAGAACCAGGGCGAUGCCGAGAUGCAAGGCGGAGUGGGAUGGUACGAUCCAGAAGGAGACCGAACGGGUUGGAUAAUCGAUCGGCUGAGCCAGGAACACGGCAUCUUAAGAUGGCAAGGUCCCGUGGAGAAGAUGCGAGAGCUCCGAGUUGGCGAGAAGGUGAGGAUUUGGCCAAAUCACUGUUGCAUUUGUGCGGCAGGAUUUAGUUAUUUCCUUGUUGUUGAUUCUACUCGCGAGGGAGUAGAAAAGGAUAAGGUUAUUGACGUGUGGUUGAGUUGGAGAGGAUGGUGA